CCUGAUUUUAUGUUUUCAUAAUUCGAGCUUUUUAUACUUUCCGUUUUGAAUUCUACGUCUAUCAGAAACUCGUUUUUGGCACGCAAAUUGCUAUUUUAUACAGAAAAUCACGAUGGUUGGUACAAAUUGUUCUGUGGAUGGAUGUUGGGGAUCUAAGGAGAAAAAACACAGAUUUCCCAAUCCUAAAAAAUAUAUGCUUUUAUUUAAAAAAUGGGUUGCGCUUUGUCAAAACAAAAGAUUAAAGGAAAAGAGCCCUGAGAAAGUAUACAACAACUGCAGGGUUUGUAGCAUUCAUUUUGAAACAUCAGAUUUUGGUCCUAAUAAAACUAUAAAAAGAACUGCAUUUCCAAAACUUAAUAUGCCAGGAUGUGAACAAGAAUUAAUAAAAGAAGAUCCGCCAUCAAGUCCAGAACCUUUUAUAGAGUCUGGCGCUACACGAAAAUAUUCCAAAAAUAGUAAAACCUCUGAUAAAACAUUUUUAGAAGAAAUUCCUGUGGAUGCAAAUUUGGUUGAAUUAAUAAAAGUUGAACCUCCAUCAGAUCCAGAAUCUUUUAUGGAGUCUGGCUCUGCACCAGAAUAUUCAAAAAAUACUAAAACAUCUGAUGAAACAGGUUUAGAAGAAAUUCCAGUGGAUGCAGUUUUUUUUCAAUUAAUAGAACAUGUAGAUUCUCAAAAACGUAAAUAUAAUAGCCAUAAACCCAAAUUUUCUGAAGAGAACCAAAAAAGUCCAAAACUAAUGAGCAAAGCAGAGAAACUAUUAAAUGAAUAUUUCUUACCAAUAAAAACAAUCUUUGAAACUGAUAUUUUGGAACUAAAGAAAUCCAUGCAAAAUAUAAGUGAUGCUUUGGAAGAACAGAAGUCCGCCACACAAGAAGCAAUGGAGGAAAUUAUAAGACUAAAUGAAGAAAAUACUAUUUUAAAAACAAGGAUUGAUAUGCUUGAGAUGAAGAUAAACGCACAAAAUGAUAAAUCAUGAAAAAAUAACUAGACACUGAGAAGAAUGAAAUGAAUGAAAAUAUUUACAUUUGAUUGGUAAAGUCACCUUUCUAAAAGAUAAAACACUUUUUGAGAAAUAUACGAAUAUAUAAAGAAG